AGCCCCAUCACCAUUUUCACCACUACCAAAAAAGCUCUCUUCUAACUCAGCUACAACUUCGAAAAAAGCUUGCUUUUUCAUUUUGCCGUGUCUCAUCUUUUUCCUAUUUCACACACCUUUUUCUCGCUAAUUCCUUGUUAUUAUUACUCUGUACUAGUUGUCUUAGCCAUUCCUCUGAUUCAAUCAGAUCCUGAUUCUUAGCUGAUUCAUGAGCUCCUUUAGUUAGUGAACACAGCCAAAUAAUCUCACAAGAAGACGAUUGUUAAGAAAUAAAGUUUGAGACUUUUACUCUAAAAUCAUGGAUCCUGUAAAGCCAGAGGAGAUAAGCCACCCACCAAUGGAUCAGCUUCAGGGUUUAGAGUACUGUAUUGACUCAAACCCUCCAUGGGGAGAAGCCAUAGCUUUAGGUUUCGAGCAUUACAUUCUAGCUUUAGGAACUGCAGUGAUGAUCCCUUCGUUUCUUGUUCCUAUGAUGGGUGGAGAUGAUGGUGAUAAAGUGAGAGUUGUUCAGACACUGCUCUUCAUUCAAGGUGUCAACACUCUGCUUCAGACAUUAUUUGGGACACGUCUCCCUACCGUGAUCGGAGGCUCUUACGCGUUCAUGGUUCCGAUCAUUUCAAUCAUCAACGACUCUUCGUUGACCCGCAUCGAAGAUCCACACUUGAGAUUUCUAAGUACAAUGAGAGCUGUACAAGGAGCGAUCAUCGUUGCAUCUAGCGUUCAAAUCAUCCUCGGUUUUAGCCAGAUGUGGGCAAUCUGUUCAAGAUUCUUUAGUCCUGUUGGUAUGGUUCCUGUUAUCGCAUUAACCGGUUUUGGACUCUUCAACAGAGGAUUCCCAGUGGUUGGUAAUUGCGUUGAGAUAGGGAUUCCAAUGCUUAUCCUGUUUGUCAUCUUCUCUCAGUAUCUGAAGAACUUUCAGUUUAGGCAAUUCCCAGUAAUUGAGAGAUUCGCUAUGAUUAUAGCGUUGGUCAUAGUGUGGGCUUACGCGCAUCUGUUGACAGCGAGUGGGGCUUACAAACACAGACCGCACCAGACGCAAGUUAACUGCAGAACCGAUAUGUCUAACCUCAUUUCUUCUGCUCCUUGGAUCAAGAUUCCUUAUCCACUUCAAUGGGGAGCUCCUAGCUUUGAUGCUGGUCAUGCUUUCGCUAUGAUGGCAGCUGUUUUCGUCUCACUCAUUGAGUCAACCGGAGCUUUCAAGGCUGCUGCACGACUGGCCAGCGCCACGCCACCUCCGCCUCAUGUUCUUAGCCGUGGAAUCGGCUGGCAAGGGAUUGGAAUCCUCUUAAGCGGUUUAUUCGGAACGCUUACCGGUUCAAGCGUCUCUGUAGAGAAUGUUGGAUUACUAGGAAGCACUCGUGUAGGAAGCCGCAGAGUGAUUCAAAUCUCUGCAGGGUUUAUGAUAUUCUUCUCAAUGCUAGGCAAAUUCGGUGCCUUGUUCGCUUCAAUACCUUUCACAAUAUUUGCAGCAGUGUACUGCGUCUUGUUCGGUCUUGUUGCUUCUGUUGGGCUCUCUUUCCUGCAAUUCACAAACAUGAACUCCUUAAGAAACCUCUUCAUCACCGGUGUGUCUCUCUUCUUAGGACUAUCGAUUCCUGAAUACUUCAGAGACUUCUCCGUGAAGGCACUGCAUGGUCCAGCUCACACCAAUGCUGGUUGGUUCAAUGAUUUCUUGAACACAAUCUUCUCUUCUUCACCGAUGGUGGCUCUGAUGAUCGCAGUGUUUUUGGACAAUACUUUGGAUUACAAAGAGAGUGCGAAAGACAGAGGAUUGCCUUGGUGGGCUAAGUUCAGAACUUUCAAAGGAGAUAGCAGAAAUGAAGAAUUCUACACUCUCCCUUUCAACCUCAACCGUUUCUUCCCUCCUUCAUAAGUUUUAUUACUUUUUUUUUUGGGACUCAGGAUUGUGCUUUUGUGUGUGACUUAUCAUCACCCAAUAUUUUUAUUUUAUCUAUUUGAAUCAUUCUUUUUUAUCUAAUGGAAGAUCUAACAUAAAAGAUCAUAAUUUAUUUGAAUCAUUCUUUUUUAUUAUAAUGAAAGAGCAUAUUUUGGAUCAUUUCAA